UUCGUUCGUGGCGGUCCGUUUGGAAUGUCAAAUCUGUCGCGCUGCGUUGGGCUGGAAGCGAAUCGUGUAGCUGGAAUUUUGUGACUUUGUUAACCCGUCCGCAGGACGGUAUUACGCGGCGCGAAACCAUUUCCUCUGAAGAAACACCCAAGCAGGAAGUACCAGCGUGGUCCAUUUGCCAAAAGAAACCAUCGUCUUGUUUGCAUACCGCGUUUGCUGCUCGUUCGUAGCGAUUGCUGCUUAAUCAAAACAAAACUGACGGUGGCACCGUAAACAGUACGAGGACAGCUGGUUGGUGGUGGUGGUGGUGGCGGAGGAGACGGCCAAUCCGCACCACCUGCGAAAAUCCGUCGCGGACAAACAAAUGGUGUACAUUAGCGUGACAAAGGGUUGCCUGUACGCCGAUUGCAAACGAGUCAAUGAAUUAAAGCGCAUCGUCCGGCAUCCGGUGGUGUGCUAGCGGUUAAACUGCCAGACCAAAGCGAGUGUUCAUCGUGGCGUGAAGGAAACCUAGAUAACACAUAUGCAAGUACAACGCAAGUGGUUUGGUGUGGAUGUGCUGGAGGGAACGAGAUUAGCGCAACCAUUUGAAAUUGUCGCACAGAAACUGUACCUUCCUAGUGGAGCAGCCAGUUUGUGAAUGUGUUUCCAGUUGCAACAAGCAAUGUCUUUCGUUCAUACUUUACGGAGCUGAUGGGUGUGAAUUGGUUUGGUUGGUCCGAGACCUAGACUGGUACUUUGCUGUACUGGAGCAAAGAAUAACGAACGUGAUUAGAGCCCUUAAAACGAGAUAAUACUAAUGCUCCACGUCACCGCCAGUUGAUUGUACGUUUAUUAUCUCGCUCAAUAAUACCGCCCCAAACAAUCGAACAACGGAGACAGCGAAACAGACGAGAAAAGUUGACCGGUUUGAACGAACGAUCAGAUGUUGUGUUCCGUCAGAAACAAGGACAACUAAAAUUACAUUCCAUCAAGCAUGAUCGUCCGACAGUUGAUGGGUCUCAAUCCUUGGGCCCGUGUGCUCGUAUCGUUCCUAUUCGUGUGGGUGCUGUUCGUGCUAAUAUUCUAUUCCAAGCUCAAUACCUCCGCCUCGUCCACUAACUCCGCUGAUGGGGACGAUUCAGUGAAAAGGCUCGAACGAGCCGUCCAGCAACUGGAACGCUCUAAGCAGAUCGAUCAAGAACUGCGCAUGUUAGUUGAUGAGUAUAUGGCCGAUGCCGGUGCUUCUGCAGACCGGAAACAACACUUCAUCGACGAGCUAGGCAACAAGCUGGAACAGGAUGGCAGUUCCGGGUGGUUUGCUCUUGGACGGCCCCGAAAUGGACCAUCACUUGAGUAUGAGCGAUUGCGACGUCGCGUCGAUACAAACACACAAGAACUGUGGAAUUAUUUGCAGUCGGAGGUAACGAAGGUACAAAAGCUGGCGCAGAAAUCGGCCCCCGAGUUAGUGAAGCCGCUGAAUGCCUUUCUUUCGCUGGCGUCAGAACACAAACGUUCCCUGCUGACGGAUAUCGAUCGAAUGCGUUCCGUGGACGGAUACGAAGCUUGGCGAUACCGUGAAUCGGCCGAUCUGAGCGAGCUGGUACAAAAGCGCUUGACACGCUUGCAGAAUCCGGAAAAUUGUUCAACCGCGAGGAAGCUGCUGUGUCGGUUAAACAAAGGGUGCGGGUACGGAUGCCAGCUGCAUCAUGUUGUCUACUGCUUCAUAAUGGCGUACGCGACCGAACGCACGCUAAUACUGAAAUCGAAGGGAUGGCGUUAUCACAAAGCCGGCUGGGAGGAGGUGUUUCAACCUAUCUCUGAUACCUGCUUGGAUUCGAACGGCGCAUCCCAUGCUAGCUGGCCGGGACAGACAAAUACCCAAGUGUUAACAUUACCGAUCAUAGAUUCGCUUAAUCCGCGUCCACCGUACCUGCCGCUGGCAAUUCCGGCAGAUUUAGCUCCCCGAUUGAUGAAAUUGCACGGUGAUCCGAUCGUGUGGUGGAUUGGCCAGUUUCUCAAGUACCUGCUGAAACCGACUGGCGAGACACAACAGAUGUUGGAGAAUGGUAUCGAGCGAUUAGGCUUCAAAAAACCUAUCGUUGGCGUCCACGUGCGACGGACUGAUAAAGUUGGUACCGAAGCUGCGUUCCACGGUAUCGAGGAAUACAUGACGGCAGUUGAUGAAUACUACGAUCAGCUUGAACUGAAGGAAAAGAUCGACAAACGACGUGUAUUCGUAGCAAGCGACGAUCCAAAGGUGAUUGAAGAAACAAAAACCAAAUAUCCUCAAUACGAGGUGAUCGGCGAUCCUAACGUGGCCAAGAUGGCGGCUGUAUCGACGCGAUAUACCGAUUCCUCGCUGAAUGGGAUCAUUUUGGACAUACAUCUGCUCUCUCUCAGCGACUACCUUGUGUGUACCUUCAGCUCGCAAGUGUGUCGGGUGGCGUACGAAAUCAUGCAAAGCAUGUACCCGGACGCAUCCGGACGAUUCCGGUCGCUGGACGAUAUCUAUUACUACGGUGGGCAGAACUCGCACAAUCGCGAGGUUAUCUUGCCACACGAUCCAAAAAGCCACGAUGAAAUUCAGGUGCGUGCUGGUGAUCUGGUCGGUGUCGCUGGCAACCACUGGAACGGGUACUCAAAGGGCAAGAACCUUCGCACCAACCAGGUGGGACUGUUUCCCUCGUUUAAGGUAAACGAUAAGAUCGAAAUCGUGGAAUUGCCCACCUACCCAGAUGUGAAGUAGUCCUUACUGCUGAGCGAAAGGCGUCGCCAUUUGAUAGUGAGAGAAUUGUAACGCAUGGAUCCUAUUUGUGCUGAUAUGCUCGAAAGUUCAACAAGUGUGCAUGUGCAUCGUGUGGCCGUGUGGAUGAGUGAAAGGCGUCAGAUGAUAAGCGUUUCCUUCUUCUCAGCAAGUUGGUACGACAUCAUUUAAUGUGUACGAUCGAAGGAACGAAUGUUGCUUUUGCAGUGUGAUACUGAGAAUAUUGUUUUUGUAGAUCAAUUUGCCAGUCGUUAUGCUUACAACCCAUUUUAUAUCGUUUGCCCUUUUUAGUUCACCAAUUAAUUUAAUUGAUUUUAUGUAAAUGGAAACGUCAUAUGGCGUUGGCGCGGAGUUUCGAGAUUGGAUUUGAUACGAAUUUUGAAGCCAUAGCUUUCCUUGGAGCGAAGAGCCCGAACAACAAUAUAGGAACAAAGGUACUUGAUAUUAGUAGCAAGAAUUAACAUUGCCCCGUAUCAUUUGGUCACCGUAUGCCGCCCGUGUAUUUGAUACGCUGUAGCAAAGCAUCAGGCUGCUCUUAGUAAAACGAUUCACCGUACAUGGAGGUGGUUGAUGAUAUUUGAACAAAUAAUUAACAUCGUGAUGUGAAACGUAGGACAAACAAAGCGAGCUAAAUGAACUUGCGUAAGGUUAGUUUUUAUAGCGAAAAGUUUCGAAACGAUAGGCAAUCGCGGCAAAUAAUUAAAAAUAGUAAAUUAUAACGAGCAAAGUUAUGGCAGCGAGUGAACAAACAUUUUGGGAAAAUAGUACGUAACGACGGAACGGCUUAGUUGAUCAUUUGCAGGGAAGAACCGCCGAAACAUGAAUAGUGGUUUGUACAAAUUGUACAACAAAUAAGGAAACACAAACAAGCCAACAACCCCCAACAUGAACACCGAAUGAAAGUAUGAUAAGCAAUGUAAGCUACUUCGCAAAAUAAGAAAAUAAGUUUAUUUAUGAAGAAGCAAAGAAA